AUGGCGAGAGGGACGGUGGUCACUUACCUUCAUGGAGUCCUUCUCCUGGCUUUGUGCAAACCCUCACUGCAAGGAGGUGUGUAUGUACCUGCUGGUGGAGCAGCAGGAGGAGCUGGAGUAGGCCCAGGAGCUGGCACAGGACCUGGAACUGGAUUUGGACCAGGUGGAACUGGAUUUGGCCCCGGGGGCACUGGGACAGGAUUUCAGCCUAGUGGGGGUGCAGGACUCGGAGCCGGAGGGUUUGGACCAGGAGUUGGUGGAGGGGGCUAUGGUGGGCGAGGGCCUGGGGGAGUAGGACCGGGAGGAGUUGGACCAGGAGGAGUGGGUCCAGGUGGAAUUGGACCGGGAGGAGUGGGUCCAGGAGGAGUUGGACCAGGUGGAAUUGGACCGGGAGGAGUGGGUCCAGGAAUUGGACCAGGAGGAGUUGGACCAGGGGGAGUGGGUCCUGGAGGAGUUGGACCAGGAGGAUUCGGACCAGGAGGAGUUGGACCAGGGGGAGGCGGUCCUGGAGGAGUUGGACCAGGAGGAUUUGGACCAGGAGGAGUUGGACCAGGAGGAUUUGGACCAGGGGGAGUGGGUCCUGGAGGAUUUGGACCAGGAGGAGUUGGUCCAGGAGGAGUUGGACCAGGUGGAAUAGGACCAGGUGGAGUUGGGCCUGGAGGAGUUGGACCAGGAGGUUUCGGUCCAAGCACAUUUGGCCCGGGCAGUGGUGGGCGAGGAGUUAUUCCUGGAGGCAUUGGUUCUGCUGGAAAGCCUCCAAAAACAGGAGAUGCAUAUGGUGGUCGUGGAGGAGUGACUGGAGGGUUUGGAGCAGGACCAGGAUCUGGGGGUGUAGGGGGAGGACUCGUACCAGGCGGUGUUGGAACAGGUGGUUUUGGACCAGGUGGUGUUGGUACUGGAGGAUAUGGAACUGGACCUGGAGGAGUUGGUUCAGGUGGUUUUGGACCAGGAGUCACUGGAGCGCAAGGGACAGGCCUUGGGGGAGGAGGUGUGGGUGGAGGAGUACUCGGAGUAGGAGGCCUUGGUACCGGCAGAGGUCAGGGAGGGCUCGGAGCUGGGACAGACUAUGGACCUGGAGAUGUGUUUAAAUCCAAAAUAAGUUCUUUCCUAAUCCAGGUGGAUAUGGGGGUGGUUAUGGGCCAGGUGGUGCUGGCCAAUACCCAGGGUUUGGCGGAACUGGUUCAAAACCUCCAAAAACAGGUGGGGCUGGAACGUCACUUGGAGGUUAUGGACCCGGUGGUGCUGGAGUUGGCCCUGGUGGUGCUGGAGUGGGACUUGGUGGAGCUGGGAUAA